AUGUGGUCGCCACGGGGCUAUACCCGCAGGAAGCGGGCAGGCCAGAGGCUCAACCUAACCCCGGCGCCGGACCUACUCCCCUCCACGAAGGGGAAGGCCCCGCCAGGCCUAAAGGGAAAAGGCAAAGCACACGGUUUGCCGAAGAUCGCAGAGAAAGUGGAGCGGAGCAGGCGGGGAGGUAGCGGUUCUGGCCCGCCUAGCACUCAGUUAAGAGUUACAGGAGAGAAAAGCCUGCAAGAAAAUAGCACUGAAGAGACCGAGGAUGGGAAGAUUGCUCCACUGAGUGAGUCAGUGACCGAUGAACUCCAGGUUGACAGUAGUUCAUCAAAUAGUGAACCAGUAUCAGGACGAAGUUUGCAGCAUGAUAUUUCCAGUUCUCUUUUAAGCUGUUCAAUCACAGACUUGUCUACAGAAUACAAGAGUUUUGAAGAGAGUAGCUUCCCAUCACCUGAACUCUUCAGAGGAUUGGAUUAUUUAGAUUGGGAGUGUCCCAACUUGAAAGAACACAUGCAAUGUAAGAAUUCCACUCUUCUGGAUACCAGUAAAGCAGUAGCGAUAGAGCAGGUGCCACAGUUUUCAAACCUCUCUGCAAUUUUAGGUACCUCUUCAGAAGACUAUCACAAAUGCCACAGAAAAACAGUGAUGACUUUAGCAGACCAAAAUAUUUCUUCAAAACCAAAGUGUACUUCAAAUUCAGGAUCAGAUAAUGCAGUUUGUGAAGUUUUACUUGCUGAGAAAACUUACCAUUCGACCUUUAAAAAAAUAAACCAAAAAGCAACAAAUUCCAGUAGUCCUGAUAAGAAAAGCAGAGGUGUGUUUACAAGUACUCCAUCUUCAGAGACAGCUGAUUUUGUGAUUGAUUUGUCCUCAGUGCAAAAAGCAUCUUUUGAAGAAUUAUUUCCAAAUGUCAGCAAUUAUGCUAAUUCAAAUGAAAUUAUUGCUGUGUCAAGUUUGCAAGAAAAUUCUUCAAAUGAGUUUCCUACAAAUACAUCAGAAAUGUGUUGUAUUAUUAGAGCAUCACCAGGAACUAGACAAGUGAAAAGUAAAGGUGUUAUUGUAAAGAAGAAGAAAUAUUCUCCUCCUAAAGAUAUUCCUCAAGGUACUGUAGUAUGA